GCCACUUGUUUAUGUAUUUUUUGUUUACAAACUUGUUGAUUUUUCAUGUCUUGGCCUGGAAAAUUGUUAAUUAUCUACGAAAACUUUACCAAUGAUCUGCCACCCCUACAAAUUGGCCAGAAGCCCACAGGAUGCCCCACGCCCUGCUCGUGCAAGUGCAAAUGCUGUCGCGGAUUCAGCCAGAAAUACGUGGCAUUCAACGGGGAAUCUGACGACCCAUCUUCUUCGUCUGCCGCCUCCGGCGGCGAUGUCCAGAAGAUGAUGCGUUUUCGCAGUGCUGACAUGUUGCUUCUGCUGCAGGCUGCUCAAUUAAGGGAUCAUUUCUGGACAAAUCAGUAUUUUAAGGUGGAUUUACAAGAGGAUUAUGCUGCCAUCUCCGAGGUCUUUGCUGCGCAGAAGAUUAACAUAUCUAAUGAAAAGCUAGCCGAGAUUCUGGAUACUGUGACCUCGGGCUAUAGGAGAGCGAUUAGUCAGCUAACAACUGCGGAAGCCCAGGGUGCUCUGCGCCCCAAGAAAGCAGCCCUAUUCUUUCCCGGAUUGCGUUGCUCUUGCUUGAAGUGCGAGUAUUUGCCCUGGCGGAAACUCCAGGAUGUGGAGGACCACCAGAAGGAGCACCGAUUCAGCGACAACUUCCACUGCAGGAUCUGCUAUCGCCGGUUUUACCUACAGCACUCGUUAACUGCUCAUCUCAUCAGGAAGAUCGGAGGUAGAAGACCCAGCUCCGAGGAACUAAUGGCCAAUGAGAGCUACAAAAAACUGCUGCUGGCUCAAAGGUCCCAGGAGUUGGAGGAACCAGAGCAAGCGCCUGCUCAAGUGGAGGAUAUAGUGUUGGCAGUGCCAAAGCACCUUCGUCUGGACUACGAGGAGGAAAACAGGUCUCCCAUCCGGGGACGUAUGAGAUUAAUGCUCACUCUGUGUCCACUGUGUGAUCAGGAAUACCGCUUCUCCUUCAGCCAUCAGCUGCACUUUUUGAAGAACCAUAAAAGGACUCAGCCAGAUCCGGAGACCUUCCCCUGCUACAAUUGCAAUAGGUCCUUCCUGACAAGAAAGUCUCUAAGAAAACAUCAAAAGCGCGUUCGCAAGACCUGCCACCUCCGCUAUCAUCCCUUCAAGUGCCCCAAGUGCCGCUCGCGAUUCCAAUUGGCUGCCACAAGGAACUCCCAUGUAGCCAGGAUCCAUGACCGGAAGAAACUAUGUUUGAUUUGUAAAGUUCCCACUGUGGCGCGGUGUUGCAGUGAUCACACGCCCAGGGAAUGUCGAGAGGCCAUCAAGAAGCACAGAGAGAAAGUGAGGGAGCUACGAGGGCUGGACAAGAAGCCUCAGGCACCCAAACCAAUGUGUCAGCACUGCGAUCAAAGCUUUCCCAAUACCUUUUUACUUCGGGAACACUUGAACAAGAAGCAUCUGCAGCAGAGGAACUUUACCUGCGAGAUUUGUGGAGCUGCGUUCUACAGCCAGGGAAAGAUGCAAGUCCAUCGGAAGGCGGUGCAUUUGAAGCUGCAUGUGACCCACUGUGAGACCUGUAACCUGACCAUCAAGGCCAAGGAUAACUAUCUGCGGCACUGCAGGUCCAAAAGGCAUCAGGAUGAGCUUCGCAAGAUGGAAACGGGAAGAAAUAAGACUAGAGAGCCCGAAAGUAUUACAAAAUCUUCGCUAGAAAGCGAUCAUAACGAAGAUGGGAUCGAUUUGGAACCCACAGAACCCUUUUUAAAGAUGGAAACCACGACCAAAUCCUUGGUCAAAGGAGACCGAUUGAGCAGGAAGCCAAAAAGGAAGCCUUCCACUGCUCCUUGUAGUUAUCAACAACCCGAAAAAGUUAACUUUUGCGAUCCUUGUGGAACAACCAUCGUUGGAACCAUGAUAAGACACAACCAGACGUCGAAACAUAAAAAUAAUUUAUUAAAACACAACGAAAAGAGAGAGAAUAAGCGAUUUAUGAGAAACUAAAGAAUGUGCAA